GCUAGUAGUAACUUACACAUAUCCGUUUUGAAUCUUUACUAGUGGCCCACUUCAAUCAGUUUUUUGCGACUGUUUUCAGUACCAUCCCAUCGGGGGGUAAGAUGGAAGAAUGGACGUUCGACGCCCGCAAGAUCUCGGGCUAGAUUCAACUAAUAUGUCUGUUCCGUGGUGUUUAUGAUAUCGGACGUGAAAUGAUACUGAGGCAAGGGGGCGCCGGUCCCCCCUGGUUAGUGACUGUUUUCGUGUGUAUUUAUUUGGUGAUCGUUUGUUCAGACAUGGUCGCCGCUGAUAAAAGCAAGUCUUAUUCGAUGCAAACGCUUUGCAAGAACCAUUUCCUUCAGCAGCUCUACCGCAAAAUCGACGGAGCAGUGCUCUAUUCACAGAAUGAACGGAACUUAGACUGCGUCAUCACUUUCCAAACGCACUCCAUUCUGCAGAGGUUUAUGCUCAGAUUUGAUGGACUGCAGUUGGAUUGCAAUGACCAUCUCUAUAUUUACGAUGGGGCCCAUGCCGUUGGAACUUACAAGUUUGAUUUAUCCUGUAAAAACACGAAACAGACUCUGGGCGCCAUGUUCACCCGUACAAAUUACGUCACGUUGAAGUACACCACGGACGCCUGGGGAACUGACUCCAAUGGGUUCAAGCUCGUCAUUACGGCAGUCAAAGAUCCAAAGCAUGCGUGCACGGAAUUCCGAUGUACGCUGCGCGAAUUCUGCAUCUCCACGGACCUCGUCUGCGACGAGGUUAAUCAUUGUGCUGACGGAUCAGACGAAUCGUCCAAUAAUUUAUGCCAAAACAACGAGAAAAGAACCAUCCUGGGACUCGCAGUGACUUGGUUCGUCGUAGUGGUGAUCAGCACUGUGUUGGUGUUUCUGGUGCUGAUCGUCGCAGUGUCUAUUUGCAUCUGCCGCCGCGGCUGGAACAGUAGAUCUGGCAACGUUGUGCAGCAGCAAAACGCGUCUUAUUCGUUAGGCCAGAUGUAUGGUUCGAACGGGCACGUGAUGAAACAAGCUUCGAGUACGACCACGCUGGCCGACGCGGCCGGCGCAUGCGUUCCACCAUCGUCGGGAAACUGGCGCCGCCCUGUGGGCCCACCCGGGUUCCGCAACAGCACGCCGCCGGCCCGGGAGCAACCCUACUGCCCGGCCGGGUAGGCCGGCCACACCCGUCGGCGCCACCCGCCAACGGGCAGGACCAACCCGCCCAAAAGGACGAGUGGUUCGUUUAGCAGUAGGAGCGACCGGGUCGUAGCCUGCAGGGUGAGCCGGGCGCAGGACCCAGCGCUCGGCGCCUGCGCAGUUUCUUUACGACACGACGCGCGCAUUUCGCGCGCAAAUUAUCGCCCGCGCAGCUUUCAAUUAACUUCGCUGCGUAAGAGACUCUUUAAACAUUAGAACGUAAACUAUAUUUGCUCUCGCUAAUGUCGUUUUCGGGACGGCGGUUACUGACGCGACCGUUUUUAGUUUUUAUUUUCGACGUUUCCGGUGUCAUUUCCGAAUAAGAACCAGCAGCAGCGUGUGUGAGUGCGUCCGCAUAUGAAAUUUGGCACCUUGCACAAUGUAAGAUUUUGCUAAUCUAAGGGAACAAAAUUUAUUUAUGCUGCCUUAAUGUUAUUUAUUUUAUUCGAAUUGAUAAAAUUUUGUGUUAUAAUAAAAUCGCUAAGAAUCUUUGACUGUAAGCGUACAUGCAUACACUAACGUUUUUGGAUUUACGUUCAUCAAUAACUUUUACUUAUACUCAGAAAAUUAAAAAGUCUUUUUUAUUUGGAAAUAAUAUUGUAAAUCCUUAAAUACGUCUUUAGGUCAUUUGAACAAGUCCUCUAUUACUUAGCAUCACAAAAGUUGCGUAUAUAUUUGCCCUUACGAAUAUUGAAUUCUAAUGUUUAUAUCACUUUACGUAAAUAAUAUCACAGUAAUCUCAUUACAUAAAGUUUUAUGACAUGUGGGUGAAGUUGAAGAGUGAUGAGAACAGAAAUUCUAAAUAUAUUAGAAAUAACAGAAUGUAAACUAUAAACCAAAUAAAGAAGAUAUACAAAAGAAAGAAAUAGGAGAAAUAAUAAAAAAAUCUCUGAAAUAUACUGAGAAAUAUAAAAAUGUGUUAUAAACUAAUCUCAAUUAUUAAAAAAGGAUACGACCAAGAACAGAAAAGUUCAUAAGAAAUCUUAUAAUUGAAUGUAAAGAAGUCAUGAAUACCGAAUAUUUAUACCAGCUACUUAACCCGAAAAAUAACGGUGACAUGUUUAGAGACACAAUACAAACAGCUGAAAUCGAAGAUAUUUUGCCAGCCAUUGAAGAACUCCAAAAAGUCAUUAUAAAAUUUAAAGACAAUAAAGCUUCUGGAAUUGAUAACAUCCCACGAUAUUCACCAUCUGCCAGAAGCCAUAUGGAGCACGGAAGGAAUUCUAGAUGAAUAGAAAGGACUUAUUCUCCCCUUACAACAUUCUGCUUAACAUAACCUAUAAAAUUCUAGAAAGACUGAAAUGUGAUGUUAGGGGAGUUCAAUCCACAAUAAAUCAAAUAUUUUCCUGUAGGCAAGUAAUGGAAAAAUGUUAGGGAUUGGCAAUCAAUGGAGGAACUUGGCUACCCAAAAAAAAAUAGUACAAAUGACUUAGGUUGCAGCCAUGUAAUCAUCACAAUGGUUCCAACUUACUUUUGGGAUUUGCGCCGACGUUGAAAUUUUUGGAAAUGGCAAAUGAAAAAAGCGCAAGCAGCAUCGGUCUCAAAAUGAACGAAGACAAGACUAAGUAUGUACUAAGCGAUAAACAAGCAACGCAGACAGAGUAGGCCAAAACAUCGCGAUGGACGAGUUCAGCUUUGAACGUAUCAGGAAGUUCAAAUAUAUACUAACAGAAAACACCUAUAAAACGGAGUAAAUCGACAGCAAAUUUCUAGCAUGUAUUUACCCAGUGCAAAACCUCCUAAAAUCCAAAGGCUACCCAAGACGUACCAAACACUACUGCGCAUAAACUAUAAUAAGAGCUGUGAUGAUGUAUCGUUGUGAAGCUUGGGCGCUAACGGUGGCUAAUGAACAACGUCUUCAUGCCUUCGAAAGACGAAUCCUUAAAUAAUUUUGUAUAUAUCAACAGAAAGUCUUUAUGGAGAUUCUAAUAUUGUGCUAAAAGUAAAAUCUAAACUACUACAGUAAGCAUGGAUGGAAACAUAAUAUCGCCAAUGACUUAAGGCUAAUGAAUAUUGAUGGUUCCUUAGGUGCUAUGACAGGCAGACAACAUUGAAGGUUUUUCUUAAUAAAUUUAAUGUAUUUGGUUUUGACAGUGUGGCACUAAAUUCGAAGCAUCUUAGAAGGUUUCUACUAAUUCCCUUCAUUAAUAACAAAACUUGACAGUCCUUAAAUUUGAGCUUUUAAUCUACACGUUAGUGAGAGUAGUUUACUCCUAAACUGAUAAAGAUGCAUUAAGAUCGAAAUACCGAAAAUCGAAAAAAUGACAAAAAAAUAUGAUAAGUCAGUUGUUGUAAACGCAACUUCAUUGACUGCAAGAAGGUGUAUUAUAAUCCCAAAAUUGAAAAUUUUUGGAAAAUACUAUUUAAAGUUAAACUAGUAUGCAGCAAAACUAUUUAAAUAUUUGAUAUUAUCAAUAAAAUACCACGAAAAUAAUUUUAACCAUCUAUAUAACUAACACAACGAUGCGAUUUAUGAUACGAUACAACCACGGAUUUAAUAAGCUACAAAUUAUAGCGCCUGCCUGACAGCCCCAUGUUUUCUGUAAAUUUGUAACAAUUCCGUUUGCCAUAUUGACAAAUUUUUCCAACUAUUUCAUAGAUGUUGUUCAUAAUAAUUAUAAGAACUUAAUAACUGUUUUUUUUUAUUUUGUCCCCAUAGAGUAGCAAAUAUUUACAAUGUGCGCAGUGUAUCGCGGCCUAAGUAUCACACGAUUAGUAGAUUUCGGUUUAAGGCCGAGUAUAUUAUAACCGUACGCAGGGAAAAAUCGCAGAAACUCCAAAAAGUCCGGACCUGAUCCUACAAACUUGCAAAAUGGUAUUUGGACCCUCGACGCUGGUUCGCGACAUUUGUAUGAUAUCUAAGCUUUUAAUGGUGGAUCAAAGUAAGCCGCUUGCUUGUUUUUGGCACGGCGCUAUAUUUUUUCGAACAUGGGAUUAUCGGUUAAUUGGAAACGGAUUUAAAAGACGGGGCGACGUCACCGGGACGUCAUCGCAUUUCAGUCGCAAAGCCGUUCCACUCCAGAUGCGCUGAAUUUAAAAAGAAUGUUUUUCGAAACUCGGUUCGUUUUUUAAUUUGCAAAUAUUAUUAUUAUUAUAAAAAUACUUUACUUUUAAUUUUAAUGUUAUGGGUAUCAUUAUUAUCAAUAAUGUUAAUGUUAGGGUUGGAUUUAUUAUAAAACAAAUUCUUACUUUGUCGACAUUUUGGCAAUAUUAUUGCCAUCUUCUAAACUUCUUUGGACAACUAAUUUAGGCAAAAUAAAACCGUACAUAAUUAAAAAUAAUUACCCUCCUAGUAUAAUAAUAAUACGACUUUAUUCUGAUACAUUAGAAGAACAUAUCACAAAACAUGAAGUUGAAUUACACUUUUGUUAAUUGCUUAUUAAACGCGUACAAUAUCGAAAUAAUAAAGAAACAAUUCAAAGGAAGAAAACAAAAAGGAAAACAGAAAUGUCAAACAUAUAUCUAUUUUUAUUGACAUCAAUUUAUUUAUAUAAAAUAAUAUAACAAAAGAAUGUUAUGUUAAUGUUAUAUGUUAAAGGCCUUGCUGUAAAAGUAAGUCAUAUCUUAACCACAGGAAUAAUAAAAAUUUCACUGAAGUGUGAGAGCAACGUACAAAUGAAGUUUUUCACCAAAACUCAGGCUCACACUCAUUUGGAGUUGGAAUCAAAUAUCGUUUACUAAUUUCCGUGUAAGCCAUGACCAGAAGUUUAUAUUGGACAAACUGCAAGAUACUUUUAAAAACUAAUAAACCACAAAAAAGAUGACGUUAACAUGUAUCACUUUAAUUCUGAUAAUGGUUCAAUUGUCAUUAUAGAAGCUUUACAAAAAGAACUUUAAAUAAAUUAGACGAUUUGCAUUAAAAACAAUCCGAAUUUUCGAAAUAAUAGAACAGAUAUUGAACCAUAUUUUAACUUUUAAGAGCUCAGAGAACACGACAAUCGUUUUUUCUUUUGUAUUUGUUUCUUCCCAAUAUCAUAGACGAUACCUUUUGAUUAGAAACUUGUUAGUUUUAUUUACUUUUUAUCAUUGUUUUAUAUAAAUUUAAAUUUUAUUUCUUAACAAUUUUAUUUUAUAUCACUAUUAUACAUUGGUUAACUCGAGAAUACAAUUUUAAAUAUAGGUGAUUAUUUUAGAGUCCUAAUAUAGCAAAAUAAUAUAUUGUAAUUUUAUCAUUUUUAUUGGUUUAACAAAUUUUUAAUUGCUAUAUAUUUUUUUCGCUUGUUUAUGUCUACUCUACUUAUAUUUUGUAUUUCCUAUUUUAUCGCAAAUCUUUAUAUUAUCUGAUAAGAGUUAAACGACAGCAACAUGUCUACACAGUUACGACCAAUAUGAAAAUAAAUCCAUCUUUCCUGUGAUUUUCCCCCGGAAAACUAAAAACUUUCCGGGAACCCGACGUGCCCGAACUUUGGCAAGAUAAACAUUUCCUAAUAUUAGUUGAACUGCAAAAUGUGUAAUGCCGCUGGUAGAACGAAAAUAAAAAGGUUAGGAAGUUUUAAAAUCUUGCGAAUACUUUUGAAAAGUUGAGCGUCCGAGACGUACGCUGAAAAAUAUGGGAUAUAAGAUUCGUACUUUCGUAAUCUGACGUCUGGAUAUCAAACUUUCCGGGGCUUUUUGGUCCGCCAGUUUUUAUUUCGCUGUCUUAUUAAAGAGUGGAUUUUACUUAGUUUUUAGCUGACAAACUAACUCCCAUUAAUUAAUGAAUAAUUAUUUUUUUGCUUUCUCAUCAGUUUUCACGUAAAUGGGUAAAUAGGUUUUUCUGUAAGAAUUAACUGAAGCAAUAUGUAAAUUAUCUUUAGGGAUUUCCUUAUGAGCAAUAAAUAUAUUACUAUUACUAAAUCGAGGUACUCUGGAGUGGAAUUGACUUGCUGCUUUAUAGUAUGAAGUAACAGCAAUCAAAAUUAACAGCAAAGUAAAAUUCGGUGCAUCACAAGGAAUAGAUCAUAAUAAUAAGAAUUUUGAUGAAGGUUUGCUAAUCGUGGAUAUUAAUUAUAUAUGGUUUUACAAAAAAUUAACUGUAUUGUUUCUUGCUGAUUAAAUCAAUUCACUCUGUGCAGUCUCACGUCACACGGAAUGGUACAAAAAAAAUGGUAGCAUUAAUUUUAAAUUUGUGCGCAUGAUAGACAAACUGCAUUUCUAUUCGAAAGUCAAAACGCUUUUAGUAUUAUUUUCAAGAAAGUGAAAUUUUAAUUUUUCGAAUAUUAAAAGAACAGAGCAAGACAAAACAAAUUUAAUAAGAAAAGAGAGGUUUGGCAAAAUGAAAAAUUAACAUAAUGUCCAGGUCAUAUUACUAUUCCUCGUUGGUUUCUUUUUUUAUUUUGUUUAUCAUGCUCAUAAGAUUUUAACUUAUUGCUUCAUGAAAGAUUCUAUUAUUUUCCGUCUACACAGUCGAGGAGAACAAUUAAAUUAUAAACAUGACUAUUAAAAAUAGUAUGAAAAAUUCUUCGGUUGCAUUUUCAAAGCGAUCCCAAACACGGCCAUUUUAGAGGCCUCAAUUCCUUUUAUGUAUCGAUGUAUUCAAACUAAGGGAAGGAAACGUAACAUACCAGAUCCUCCUGACAGAAAACGCUUGUCUUGUUACGCACACAGCCAAAUAGACAAAUACGACACUUAUCUAAUUCUAACCGUAAGUGUAAACUAGUAAUAAUAAAAUAUACGUGGUGGGUUUGAAAGUAACAGCACCGCCGUUGCUCUAUUUUAAAGUAAGCUUUCGAACGAAAUACUUGAAUCCUCGCGGAACAAUACCUUCAAAAGUAAUUUCUUGUGCCAACAAAACAAUAUCGAAAGGGUCGAGGUCGUUUACCUCCGGCUCUUUAGUGGCGAGUUAUUUUCUUGAAACCCUGUACGCAAUCGUUUAUUUUGUGUAAACGUCGUCGUUUUUAAAAAGAGUCCGACUUCUAGUGCCGUAAGGAAAAAAUGAUAAUAACACCUUUUUUGUUUACGAAACAUGUGACGUGUAAAAACGACUAUAACAAAUAAGGCUAGAUCUAUAAUAAAAUUUUUCUAUUUCUAAAAUGGAUUCCGACGCGGUUUUCGACGACACACGGUGACGUCGAUCGCAAAACUCCGUCGGGAUUUAGCGUAUAAGGCUUUUCCUAGUUAAGAGACACAUUUUUGACCGACAAUAGAUUUGUAAGACUUAAAUCUACGAGUACUUGAUUAUAUCCAACUGGCGAUGCAAAAUCGCCGUUGGUUCGGAUUUAUCUAGAACGAUAUCGAUAAGGUUUCUUACGAUUUUUUACUGACACACAUCUCGGAGGAUUUUUUCCAUUACAUAUCUUAGGUCUAUGCCGAACGGCAUAUCAUAAUGAAUGAGCUUUGGCACGCGCUUUAUAAUAAUUGUUGUUCACCGAGUAAAUUGUUCCCGACGUUUUAGCAAUAAUCUAGCAAAAACAAUAUCAAAUUAUCCUUUCUUUUUCUCGAGGAUAAAGGAAACAAAUAUGAAAUUAUAGAAGAGCCCCGAUAUUUUAUACUGUAAGGAGUAUGUUAUUGCACUAUUCUUGCAUAGUUACAAGUAAGUUUUUAUGGGCAUUAAGAAUUUUUGUAUAUUUGAAAUAUUUAUACACUCACCGACAAAAAAGAACCGGCCACUAAAAAGUGGCUCCAGUUUCAAAGUUGGUUUUUUCGCGAAUCGAAUACAAUGUAAUGUAAUAGAAUAAAUAAAUUUAUUGAAUAUUUUUGCAAGUCAGCAAGUCAAAAUCGUAGAAAUACAAAAAUGUUAAAAUUAUAAAAAUAAGCAAAAUAAAAAUACUAGCAACAGGUACGCGAUUCAUAAAAUUCUGAUUAGUUCUUUGUUUUUUUGAUGAAAACUAAAUUGCUUUGGAGGUAUUCAUGAAUCGGAUAAAAAAAAUGAGCAAGCAGAUGGUUUUUUAUUGCUCUUUUCAAAAUUUUAUUAUUAGAAGGAAUUUUAACAGAUUAUACAAAGUGAAAUUCAAAGAAAGAUUUCUACUUGUGGAUUUCAGCUGAGGUAGAAUAAACAAAGAUGCACGGCAACGGCAUAAUAUAACGGGUCUAUAAUGGGCACGAUAAUGCGCACCACAUAUAACCCUAAUCGUUCUGUUUUGUAAUUUAAAACAGUCUGUGCUGCAGUACUGUGCCCCUACAGUGCAGCAGCAUAGGGAAUUGUUGAGCUUAGUAGUGCAAAAUAGCACGUUUUAAUGGUGUCAAAGUUUACAUAAGAUCGAGAGUUUGCUCAAUAAAGCUUCAUCGGUAUGCAACCACUACAUUUUGUCGUCUAUAGUAGGCUUAACAUUUUUUCCUACGGCUUACCUUGAGUAAAUUUAGAUUUAGAUUUAGAUUUAGAUCUUUAUUUAAAUGAAGAUUUUGGCAUUAAAUCAUCUUUCUUCUAGAUCUAAAGCUGCAUUUGAAGUAUCAGUCGAAAGUUUAAAUGCUGAGAUAACAAAUGUCGUGUCAUCCGCAUAUGACUGAAACCACAUAUACCAGUAACCUAACCCAAAAAAGUAUUAUUAUUAAAAGUAACCAACGAGUUUUCAGAUACCCUCCAAGACCCCUUAAUCGUGCCUUCGUCGUAUGUCGCCCAGCCCUAUAAUCAAGCUGAUCCUGACUCAGUAAAUUAUGUUUUUGAAAAAAAUACAACAAAUUAUCUUUUAAAGUUAUCUCCAUUAUGUUCCCAAAAAAAGGAACAUUCCUAAUAACCACCGUGACUAGUUUGUUUUUUUUUAUUUGUUGGUUCUUCAGUAACGAUGCUAUGUCAAAAAUUUACAUUCAUAUUUAAAUUUGGGCAUAUACAGGGUGCAACCAUGAAACGAAGUUUUUUAAUCCCGACAUUAUCUCUGGUUUUAUUGGACAUGCAUCAGAGCGUAUGUUUUAAUAGAAAUCUACAAAGCACAUCAAAAUUAAGAGAACAAACCUAUUUUAAGUUAAAGCUAUGUCCCCACUAUGUAGAGGGGACAUAUUGACGGACAUAUAUCGCCAGACAUUGUUUUUAAACCCUAUGUUACUUUAAAAAAUAGUUUCAUUUAUUAUGAGUGAUAUAGAAGAUCCAGCAGUUGCAGCUGCUGCAUUAUUGAAUGUCUAGUGUCAGGAUCUGAGGUAAUAAAUAAAUAUAAAACUGUAAGUUCGCAUCGACAGUGCUAGAGUUAAUAUAGAAAUUACUUCCGGUAUUCUGAAUUUUAGUGGGUUUAUUUUUAUCUUUCAAAAGCGUCAUAAUGUGCUUCCUGUUAAUAAUGCUAAACGAAACAGCAAUAUCAAUCAUCCCAUCACGCCUUUGGUUUCUACGGAAGAUAGUUUGUCCUUAACUCCAAUUCAUCACUUGAUUUAGUCGACAUCGUUCGACAUAGUGUGGACACAGCUUAAGGUUAAUAUCUAGUGUAUUCUCCUCGUACCAAACUGACUUCAUUGUAACAAAUUUUUGUAGAGUCAUCAAAUUCUUCCCGAAGAGCAAUUCGCAGAUCAGGAAAACUUUCAAUGAAUACUGUCCAGAACGCUUGCAAUUAAAAAGAGAAAAUGUCCGGAAAAGACCAUGCUUCAAUGUGCCUCUAAUUGACAAUAGUUGGCAGAAAGUUUUUGACAUAGCUUGGUUACUGAAGAAUAAACCUAUUAAAAAAAUCAUUCAAUUCAAACCAGAGGUUCACAAGUUUUAAGUAUACGGUUUUUAUUUUCCGGUGAGUGUUUUUUUUUUGGUAUUUUAAAAAUGUGCAUGUAACAUUCAGAAUUACCAGGGUGACCAUGCAGAUAAUGUGCAAAUGUGGAUGAAGACAUAUCAGCAAAAUAUGAAAAGGCAUAUCCCAUAACAUAUACGUAACAAAAUAUAACAAUUCAAUACAUAUUUAAAUUUAACGGUUGAAGCAAUAACAUUUAAAAUGCAACCCCUGCAUAUCAUGGCAAAACUAAAGUAGCUUCGAAAAAUUAUACACCUUAAAUGUCCGAUCGUCUGGGGACAAGUUACUCUAGCGAAAGCAUUUCAAACCAUUCGUGUACGUUUAAAUAUUAUGUACCAUCAUUCACAAAAACGAUGUUUAGUGUUACGAGGAAUUAGGACCAGUUUAGGAAAUCUUUAUAGAGACUUUUGCUACGUGCGUUAUUUUCCAAACAUUGUUCAAAAUUGUCGAUGGAGGAUUUUUCGAUGUUCAAUAUCUUCGUCUUCAGCGAAAUCUAUCUGCUAUAGAGACAUUUGUAAAGUUUAGUUAUAAUUACGCCGCAUUUCUUAGCUUACAAGUUCUUUUCGUCGACGAUUUUAUUAUAUAGUGUAUUCCGUAUGUAUGUUUUCUUUUAAUUCACCUUUUAAUGCACUUUAGUGGGUGAAUGGUAUGCCCUUAAGUAUUGUACAUCAAACAACAUUUUGUACUUGCAUAUAUAAACAUAUAAACGCGCCAACAAUACCAAACAUAUUAUGUGACAGGUUUUAGUUGAAUUUUAUCACUCCUAUACGGUAAAAGAAAAAUAGAAAAUAUAUUCUAGUUGAGGUGUUUUUUAUAUAAAAGUGGUAUGAUUUUUAGGAGAAUAAUUUGCAAACUGUUGACCAACUGUUAGAAAAUUUUACAGUCCUUUAGCGAAAUCUCAUGUGUGUGUGUUCUUAAUGGAGUACAGAAAAAUGUUUAAUAAAAAAUAACUAAUUA